AUGACCGACGAGGCCUCAGCCGUGCAACGCUCCUCGCACGGAUCAUCCAGACGGGCGCCCAAGAAUCCCCAGCAGCAGCUCUCGCAGAUUGAAAAGUCCGUCACGCACCUGCUCGUCGCCACGAAGCAGCUCCUUGAGACGCUGACGCUAUGGUCGCGAGGGACGGCGACCGAGAGCGAGGUCUCGGACGUCUACGUGCGCCUGGGCUACGAGUUCAACAUCGCCUCGCGCGCCUUCAACGCCAUCGGCGUCGACACAAACGACCUCGGAAACGUGCCCGAGCUGCUGCGCGGCAUCCUCGAGGAGACGCUCAGCCAGGAGGCCUCGCAGACGAGCCUCGACAACUUCCUGCCCCGCAUCCGCGACAUCAUCAUCAACCUGCUGCACGGCCUGAAGAGCAAGCAGCAGCGCCUCCGCCAGCGCACGGGGCGCGAUGGCUCGCUCAACGGCACCAGCCCGCGCCAGGGCAGCACGGGCAGCACCGCCGACCUCGACGACGCCAAGCAGGCGCGCUCCGCGAGCACACGGCUGCCGUCGCGGGGGGACAGCGCUGAUCUCGCCAACGGAGGCCCCGAGCUGCCCCCGCGCUCGUCGUCGGUGGCGGGCAGGACGUCCCCGAGCAAGUACGACUCGCUGCCCGCCAACCCCAGGACCAGCCGCUCCACCACGGCGAGCAACCAGUCCACCGACUCGACCAUCUCGAGCACCACCGCCCAGCAGAUGCCCGUCAUAGCCCCGUACCCAGGAGACGACGCCAUGCCCAAGGCCCCCAAGCCCACCCGUCCCAACUACGCCGUCGACUUUCCGCCGCCGCCGCCGCCGCCCAAGCAGGAAGACGCCUUGGCUGCACUGCAGAGGGGUGGGGAGCUGGAGCGGAGGGCCUCGCGGAGGUUCUCUGCCUACCAGAUACAGAAGCACCUGGGCACAAAUGGCAUACCGCUCCCGCCAGUGCAGAACUCACCCAUACCAAACCGCGGCAGAGAUGUGCGGGAGUCAAUGAAUGCUGUGCGGACAAGAGCGUCCAUGAUGCACGGUCGACAACGAUCUAAUCAGCAGCGCCCAUCAGUAGAUACAACCGUCGACAAGACAGACGAUGCCUCCCGCCGCAUCUCGGAAGAGAACUCUCAGAGUUCGGUCCCAAGCAUACCGCCACCAAAGGAACCUGACCCAGAGGACAGCCCCAUGCUGCAGACCCCAGAAGACAAGCUUGCCGCACCAAAGUUUCCCGAGCCGGACCAGCAGCCAGAGUUGGGUGCCAGGCUCAAUGGGCCGCUCGACGAGCCAGUCGAACUUGCGGCCGAGUCCCCUCUAAAAGAGCCGCAGCAGCCUGCGGUCAUCCCAGCCAGGAGCCGCUCUCGGGAAGCAAAGACCCCCUCUCCACAGCCGCAGCAGUUCGUACCCGAGCAGUCGCCUCAGCCUGGGAAGGAGCUCACCCUGUUCCUCCAGUACAAGAGCAAGAUCAAGAAGUACGUGUUUGCCGACGGGUCCGAUCUCUCAGCCGCGCGACUGCAACUGGCAUUUAUUGAGAAGUUCGCUUGGGACACGCACCGCAAUGGUGAACUACCAGAGGUACAUAUCCAGGACUCUGUUUCAGGUGUUCGCUAUGAGCUGGAGGACAUGAACGAUAUCAAAGACCGAUCCGUGCUUGUGCUUAACGUUGAACAACUCGACGAGGUCAAAAACCACAUCGACGACAAAUUUGGCGGGCUCAGUCGUCUCGUCGAGAGCAUAAAGACGGUGCUCGAGGACCAGCAGUCGACGAUCCAACGUGUCGCCGAACGACAACAACAGACGGCAAAAGAGCUGGCUGGUAUUGCUGCAGCACCUUCAGCGCGCAAUUCAGCACUCAUAUCGCCUCGCCCAAUUGGUGGUCCUACUGCAGGAACCGUAUCGUCAGCUGCUCAACUAAGCGAGGUGCAGUCCUUGCGUCGCGACUUGGCUGUGGUCAGACAAACCUAUUCAUCGUUCGUGUCAGAUGUGCAGGCUAGCAUGGCAGCUGUGCGCACAAAGGCCAGCGCGGUCAAAUCAACCGCUAUCAAAGCCGCCUUGCCUACUCUGGACGGAGACACUGGUCGCGCAUACAUCAACAACGGCAAGAAGUCUCUGCACGAUGAUUCCGAAAAGAUUGUCAACCGAGUGGAUGACCUGCAGGAUCUUGUCGAAGACCUCCGAAAGGACGUUGUGGUGCGAGGCGUCCGACCUGUACCCCGCCAGCUUGAGACAACCGCCAAAGAUCUAUCCCUCGCAACUGCCGAGCUCAAGAAACUGCAAGACUUCUUGGCAAAGGAGAAGCCUCUCUGGACCAAGAUCUGGGAGCAAGAACUGCAGACUGUGUGCGAAGAGAGGGAUAUGCUCACUAUGCAGGAAGAGCUCGCAGCUGACUUGCAAGAUGAUCUGGAGAAGGCUGCCCAAACACUUGAGCUUGUAGAGGAAGCAUGCAAGCAACAGAACCUGGAGAACGAGAAGGAGCAGAAUAAGGGAACACGCUCUGUUAGCGGGCGCAACGCCCUCAAUCCGACCUCGUACGACAAGGUUGUCAACCCACAACAAGCUAGGGAUGGUGUUCUCGGAGAGGUCAAGGCACUGCAGCCGAAUCACGAAGGCAGACUCGAAGCCAUCGAGCGCGCGGAGAAGGCCCGACAACGCGAACUAGCCACUAGAAAAGACGACGAGUUCAAGAUGGAGCUCGGUAGCUUCGUCGAGGAAGGCAAGCUCAAGAAAAGUGGUGGCGUCGAGGAAGCAGAGCGUCUUCGCAAGAUGAAGGACGAACGAGCACGCAAGGAGAACUUUGAACGUGAGGCCGAGCGUCAAAGGAAGAAGGCAGAGAAAGCCGAACGAGAGGCUGCGGCAGCCGCUGCCGCCCUCGCCGCCGCCAACGAGAACGGCACUGAAGACCCUGCUCCGGCAGAAGACCCAGCCGCCCAGGAAGAAGUCAAGGAAGAGCGGGCCCCCACGCCUGAAGGUGGUGCAAAUCCCGCCUGA